UCGGAGAGGCUCUUAUCUCUGCUUCCGUCCAGGUGUUGUGCAACAGAAUUACUUCACCCGAGUUCGUUGACUUAUUUCGACACAAGAAACUCGAUGAGCCACUCCUCAUGAAGCUGAAGACGACACUGUUGACCUUAUAUGCAGUUCUCGAUGACGCAGAGGAGAAGCAAAUUAAGAAACCUGCGGUGAGGGAUUGGCUCGACGAGCUCAAACAUGCUGUCUUUGAUGCAGAGGACUUACUGGAUGAGAUCGACACGGAAGCUUUACGAUGCAAGUUCGAAGGUGAAGAUCAAACUGGAAAAUUUACCAAUAAGGUGCGGAACCUGCUCUUUUCUUCUCGUAAUCAUUUUUAUCAGAGCAUGAAUGAUAAGAUACAAGAGCUACAAGCAAGGUUAGAAAACUUCGUACAACUGAAAAGUGCUCUUGGUCUGAGAGAAGAUGCUGGGCGGAAGGUUUCACGAAGAACUCCAACAACUUCCUUGGUUCAUGAACCUUGUGUCUUUGGUAGAGAUGAAGUCAAAGAAAAUUUCUCAAAAGUGUUGCUAUCUGAUGAUGCAAGCAAGGAUGAUGUGUCUGUCCUCACCAUUGUUGGAAUGGGCGGGGUUGGCAAGACAACCCUUGCCCGAAUGCUUUACAAUGACGAUAAGGUGAAAGGUCAUUUUACAUUUCACGCUUGGGCUUGUAUUUCAGAAGAUUAUGAUGCUAUUAGGAUAACUAAAACUCUUCUUGAGUCAGUCACUUCAAAGCCUUGUAAUACGACAGAUUUGAAUUUGCUUCAAGUUGAACUAAGAGAACAACUGAAGGGAAGGAAAUUUUUAUUUGUAUUGGAUGACCUAUGGAAUGAGGAUUAUACUGAUUUGAAGUUCCUCCAAACUCCUUUUACGUCAGGAGCAAGGGGAAGUAAAGUCAUCAUAACAACACGGAACAAAAAUAUAGCAUCUGUCAUGCAAAAUGUUCCUAUUCAAUACUUGGAACCACUGUCACAUGAGGACUGUUGGUUGUUACUUUCAAAACAUGCAUUUGGAAAUGAAAACUGUAGUACACAUCCAAACUUGGAAGACAUUGGAAAGAAAAUUGCACUCAAGUGCAAAGGGUUGCCUUUAGCUGCACAAACACUUGGGGGUUUGUUACGUUGCAAUAUGGAUUUCGAGUACUGGAAUAGAAUACUAAAUGACAGUUUUUGGGACCAACCCUAUGAUACAACUAACAUUCUUCCGGCUCUAGGGUUGAGUUACCAUUAUCUUCCUGCUCAGUUGAAACAAUGCUUUGCUUAUUGUUCAAUUUUUCCAAAGGAUUAUGAGUUUGAAAAGGAAGAUAUAGUUCAAUUAUGGAUUGCAGAAGGUAUAAUUCCACAAGUUGAGAAUGGAAAAAGGAUGGAAGCAUUGGCUAGAAGAUACUUUGAUGAGCUAUCAUCACGUUCACUACUUCAAAAGUCAAGCGAAUCUAGUUUCACAAUGCAUGACCUCAUUAAUGACUUGGCUAUGUUCAUGUCUAGGGGUUUUUGCCUUCGAUUGGAACGGAGGGAAUCACAUAAAGUUGAAAGAGUUCGCCAUUUGUCAUAUGUCAGGGGACAAUUUGAUGGUGCUCCAAAAUUUGAGCCAUUAUAUGGCGCUAAGUGUAUGCGGACCUUCCUACCUCUCUCUUUAAAUCAAUAUGCAUGUUUUGUAAGUAAAAAGGUUAUGCAAAAUUUGUUGCCAUCACUACGUUGUUUACGAGUGAUAUCAUUGUCACGUUAUAAAAAUGUCACUGAGUUACCUGAUUCUAUUGGAAACCUCAUUCACUUGCGCUACUUGGAUCUUUCUCGUACCGCAAUUGAAAGGUUACCUGGGGUACUUUGCAAUCUCUACAACUUGCAGACAUUACUAUUGUCAAAUUGUUUCUCACUCCUUGAACUGCCUGCAGAUAUUGGAAAAUUGAUUAAUUUACAGAAAUUGAUGUUGGGAGGUUGUCGCUCUCUUAUUAAAUUGCCUGCAUGCAUGAAGGAGUUGAUUAAUUUGCAUCAUCUUGAUGUCAGUGGAACUAAAAUUGAAGAGAUGCCGGUGCAAAUGGGUAGACUGAAAAGUUUGAGAACAUUGACUGCUUUUGUUGUGGGCAAAUCUAAAGGGUCAAGCAUAAGAGAACUGAGGGAGUUCCCGCAGCUUCGAGGAAAACUAUCAAUUUUGAAGCUACAAAAUGUAGUUGAUGCGAGGGAUGCACUGCAAGCCAAUAUGAAGCACAAGAAAGAUCUCAAGGAGGUAGAGUUUUCAUGGGAUGCGGAGGAAGCUGAUGAUUCCCAAAAGGAGAAAGAUGUACUCGACAAGCUCCAGCCUUGCGUGAAUUUGGAGAAAUUAACCAUCAGAUUCUAUGGUGGAACCAAUUUUCCAAAUUGGUUAGGAGACUCGUCUUUUUCUAAUAUACAAGUCAUGCAUCUCAGUGAUUGUAGUUAUUGUUGGUUACUCCCACCAGUUGGGCGGCUACCGGCACUCAAAGAGCUAUGUAUAGAAAGAAUGAAGUUUGUGAAGACGAUUGGCGUUGAAUUCUAUGGCAUAAAUGGAGCUUAUCUGACUCAGCCAUUUCAAUCUCUGAAGAAGCUGGAGUUUAGGGAGAUGCUAGAAUGGGAGGAAUGGGUACCAAGUGGAAGAUCAAGUGGAGCUUACGGUGUCUGGGUGUGA